AUGGCGAACUUCGGGGAAUACCCGCCGAAUAUGGCGCCUCAGGACGCGCUCAUCGUGCGACAACAGGCGGCGCUCGACCACGCUGUUGUUCCGUAUUCAGCAGAGGAUCUAUCACGAGCCAAAGCCGGACCUGCCAAUCCGUUCAAGGACGAAUCGAACACCAUGAAGCGUAAGAAUGUCCCAGCAGGCCAUGCUGAGGAGAUGGCGCUUGACGAGCACACAUUUCGAAGUAAACACCGGGCGGUGGAGCGCUUAGGAGGCCCCGGGCGUGAACUCCAGUCUGGGGCGGAAGCCAAGGCCGAAGCUGCUCGAAUCCGCAGGGGAAGGGAGGGCAAGGGCGAUGCUUCCAUCGCAGAGGGCGCGGGAGCAUACGUCGGCCCUUGGGCAAAAUAUCAACGACAACAAUACGAGAACAUCGGGGAGGACGAAGAAUUGGCCAGCGACGAAGAGUACGAAGUUGUUUACGAAGAUGAGGACGAUGUUGUCGAGAGUGGCACUAUACUCCAAGCACCUGCCGAGGCCCUCGCCCGCCGCAAAGAGGUUGAGGCUUUGGGUGAUGAGACGACGGUGUUCCAUGGAACGCAAGAGUACGACUACCAGGGGAGAACCUACAUGCAUAUUCCCCAGGAUUUAGACGUCGAUCUUCGCAAGGAGGCUGGAAGCAUCACCAACUAUAUUCCCAAGAAACAGGUUCAUGUCUGGAGGGACCACAAGGAGCCGGUCACUGCUCUACGUUUUUUCCCCGGUUCCGGACAUUUACUUCUCUCGGCCAGUGCCGACUCGACGGUCAAAAUUUGGGAUGUCUACCAUGACAGGGAGCUUUUGCGAACCUAUUCAGGCCAUUCAAAAUCUGUCUCGGACAUUUGCUUCAACAACUCUGGAACGCAAUUCCUCUCUGCGUCUUACGAUCGCAUGAUGAAGUUAUGGGAUACAGAGAAGGGUGUCUGCAUCAACAAAUUUACGACAGGCAAGACGCCGCACGUUAUCAAGUUCAACCCCGACCCCGAUCACUCGAAUGAGUUCCUUGCUGGCAUGUCAGACAAGAAGAUUGUCCAGUUUGACACGAGGACACCGGGUGAGGUGGCACAAGAGUAUGACCACCACUUGGCCGCUAUCAACACAAUCGUAUUUGUCGACAACAACCGCCGCUUCAUGACAACGUCUGAUGACAGGUCGCUUCGCGCAUGGGACUACAACAUUCCGGUCCCUAUAAAGUAUAUCGCGGAGCCCGACAUGUACCCGAUGACUCGUGCUACCCGGCAUCCCAGCGGCAAGUACGUCGCCUACCAGAGUUCCGACAACCAGAUCCUGGUCUACGGUGCAACGGACAAAUUCCGCCAGAACAGGAAGAAGAGCUAUCGCGGACACAACAACGCUGGUAUGGGUAUCGACCUCGAUUGCAGCCCCGACGGACAGUUCCUUGCAUCCGGUGACUCAGCAGGCUUCGUCUGCUUCUGGGACUGGAAGACAUGUAAGAUGUACCACAAGAUCAAGGCUGGUAAUCAGGCCAUUACGAGUAUACAGUGGCACCCGCAGGAGACCAGCAAGGUGGCCACGGCCGGACUGGAGGGAGACAUCAAGUAUUGGGAUUGA